AUGACUUAUAUACACACUUUAAAACGUAAAGUUACUGUUCAUUCGGGUAGAGUAAGACGUUCUUGCUUGUUAAGGAAAAAACAAGCUAAACUUGCAUCAAACAGUUCUCAAGAUGUUUCAGCAAAUAGCAAUCUUAAAGAAAGUAAUGAUAACUUUGAAGAUGUUUUAACAAGCAACGAUAACGAUCUUGAAGAAAGAAAUGAAGACAUCUAUUACUGUGAAGGCAAUAAUAAAGAUGAAGAUUUUGAAGAUAACAAUAGCCUUGAGUACAACAAUACAGACGAUUAUCUCAAAGAAAGUAGUGAUGACUUUGAAAGCAUUACAUUCUAUAGCGACAGUCUUGAAAGCAGUAACAAUGACUUUGAGGACAGUACCGAUGAUUGUGAAACUAUCGAAUACACUGUUGGACAGUUUGUAGAGUUUAUCUACAUUAAUAGUAAUAGUCAAUGUAAAAAGCAAUUUGGAAGAAUAGAAGCUAUUGUUUCAUUCUUGCCACAUAAUCGUCUAUAUAACCAAAUACAAACUGCUCUUAAGAUGUCAAGACUUUUAAGACAUAAUGAGUUAGAAAUUUAUUGUAAUCAGGAGAGAAGUCGUAGAGGACACAAAGAGCUCUGGAUGAUCGAAGAAAAUUAUAAAAUUAUUUCACCCAGUUAUGUCUUAAGACAUAUUUCAGUAUGGAUUGAAGAUGUAUCUCAGCCUGCUUCUUAUGAUUUUCGCAUAUUCGAAAUUCUAUACAAAGAUGCUAUUACCAAGCGAAUUCAAAUUUGA